CGGGAGAUGCAGCGUGAGAUCCUCUCCAUCUUGGGCUUGCCGCAUCGCCCGCGCCCCCACCUCCAGGGCAAGCACAACUCGGCGCCCAUGUUCAUGCUGGACCUGUACAAUGCCAUGGCGGUGGAGGAGGGCGGCGGGCCCGACGGCCAGGGCUUCUCCUAUCCCUACAAGGCCGUCUUCAGUACCCAGGGCCCCCCUCUGGCCAGCCUGCAAGAUAGCCACUUUCUCACCGACGCGGACAUGGUCAUGAGCUUCGUCAACCUCGUGGAACACGACAAAGAGUUCUUCCACCCACGCUACCACCAUCGGGAGUUUCGGUUUGAUCUUUCCAAGAUCCCGGAAGGGGAAGCCGUGACUGCAGCCGAAUUCCGGAUCUACAAGGAUUACAUCCGGGAACGCUUCGAUAAUGAGACGUUCCGGAUCAGCGUUUACCAGGUGCUCCAGGAGCACUUGGGCAGGGAGUCGGAUCUCUUCCUGCUUGACAGUCGCACCCUCUGGGCCUCAGAGGAGGGCUGGCUGGUAUUCGACAUCACGGCCACCAGCAACCACUGGGUGGUCAACCCACGGCACAACCUGGGCCUGCAGCUCUCGGUGGAGACUCUGGAUGGGCAGAGCAUCAACCCCAAGUUGGCGGGCCUGAUUGGGCGGCAUGGGCCCCAGAACAAGCAGCCCUUCAUGGUGGCCUUCUUCAAGGCCACGGAAGUCCACUUCCGCAGCAUCCGGUCCACGGCGGGCAAGCAGAGAAGCCAGAAUCGCUCCAAGACACCCAAGAACCAGGAAGCCCUGCGCAUGGCCAAUGUGGCAGGUCCACUUCAUCAACCCGGAAACGGUGCCCAAGCCCUGCUGUGCCCCCACCCAGCUCAAUGCAAUCUCUGUCCUCUACUUCGACGACAGCUCCAAUGUCAUCCUGAAGAAAUACAGAAACAUGGUGGUCCGGGCCUGUGGCUGCCACUAGCCCUUCCUGGAAUUCAGACCCUUUGGGGCCAGUUUUUCUGGAUCCUUGGUCUCUCACUGCCCAAAGUCUCCUGCUGCCCACCUUGGCAAGAAGCCAGCAGACCAACUACCUUUUGUGGGACCUUCCCAGCCCUACCUCCCCAACUUGAAAGGUGUGAGAGUAUUAAGGAAUUUGAGCAGCAAAUGGCUUUUGACAAGGUUUUUGUCAGUGGCACCCUAUGGACAAGAUCCUACAAAGCUGCUGCAGGCAAAAUCUAGCAGGAAAAAAUAUAUAUAAAGAAAAAUUGCCCAGCCAUGAUCAUUGGCUGUGAAAUCUCGGCCAUGCACUGACUUGUUUCCAGAGGUAAUUAGGAGUGUCGUCAGCCAGGCCACCCAGCAGCGGGAGGAAGGGGGCGUGGCGGGGGUGGGCACAUUUGUCUGUGCUAAAGGAAAACUGACGCGGAAGUUCCUGUAAUAUAUGUCAUAAUAAAACCAAUGAAUGAAAAUGGUUAGGAUGUGAUAGAUAUAUUUUCCUAACAACU